AUGUUGUUGCUACAGAACCGAUGUCAUGUGACUGAAGGGUUCGUUGUGUAGCUAGCGGAGUGGAGCUUGCCCAAGCUUCGGAGGAGAAUGGAAUUUAUCUUUUAGUUUUUAGUGAAGGUCUCCUGUUUUGUGUUCCUCCUCUGAAGGAAGUUGACAUUGUGGAGUCGUCUCGAGAGUCUUGGCAAAGCGCCGAGGACUCGCCAAGGACAACAUGGGGUGCUGUUACAGCAGCGACAACGAGCCCACGGAGCAGGACAAUGAUGAACGGAAGCCUCUGAUCCCGCACCCCAACCCUGACAAACCAGCCAAUGGGACGGAGCGGAGUCCUGCAGCCCCGCCCUCCACACGCCCUGAUGAGCAGGCACUGCUCAACACCAUCCUCCACAGAACUGCUCAGAGCAUCAUAGAUGUGUCGGCUGCAGACUCACAAGGCAUGGAGCAGCAUGAAUACAUGGACAAAGCACGGCAAUACAGCACUAAGUUGGCUGUUCUGAGCUCCACGCUCAGUCAGAAGAAACCUGCCCCCCUCCCCUCUCUCACAAGCCAGCCUCACCAAGUGCUCGCCUCCGACCUGAUACCCACGGCAGACCUGCUACAGGUGUCGAAGAUCGCUGCGUACGCGUACAGUGCCAUCUCCCAGAUCAAGGUGGACGCCAAGGAGGAGCUGGUGGUGCAGUUUGCCGUCCCAUAAGCCCCCCGACGCCCCCUUACCCACAAUCCCCCUCACGUUUCCUCCCUACCCACAAUCCCUCCAGCCCCACGCACCCACAAGCAAUGUCCCAGCUAGAGGUGGCCACUCUUAACCAACAUUCUCUCUCUCUCUCUCUCUCUCUCUCUCUCUCUCUCUCUCUCUCUCUCUCUCUUCUCUUCUCUUCUCUUCUCUUCUCUUCUCUUCUCUUCUCUUCUCUUCUCUUCUUCUCUUCUCUCUCUCUCUCUCUCUCUCUUUCUGUCUCACACACACACAUCAGACUCAGUCAUGUUCAUGCACACACACACUAUCUCACAAGCGCACACACACCCCUCCACUGCGUUUGUCCUUCCCCUAGUGAGUGUGUGCUGGAGGGAUUGUUGUUCUGAUGUCUGGUGAUGUGUGUGUGUGUGUGUGUGUGCUGGAGGGAUUGUUGUUCUGAUGUCUGGUGGUGUGUUAGGGUUCACACGAAUGUGUUUCUGUUCAUGUGUGUUUGAGGCUCCUCUCAUUGUGUGUGUGCGUGUGUGUGUGUUUUUGCGUGCAUCCGCGCGCUGUCAUUACUGUAAACCUCAGAGUUAAUUUGCCCUGUUCUAACCCCUCCCACCCCCUGAGGUCAGAUGACACACUUAGCCACGCCCCCAGGUCAGCUGACCUGUUCUAACCCCUCCCACCCCCUGAGGUCAGAUGACGCACUUAGCCACGCCCCCAGGUCAGCCGGCCUGUAGCGUGGCGGCAUCAGGCCCCGCCCAGCUGGUUAUUUAUUGGUCUUUUAACGUGUGCGUGCCGACGACCCCACAGAGCUGCAUUCUGGGCCGGGCACGCCGGGCUUCUAAAGGGACUCUGCCGAUCCACUUCCUGCUUUUAAUCAAGUAAUUAACGAUGGGAUUAAUGAAAUGCUCUCUAACGCUGCCCGACUGCAGUGCGCUCGUUUUGUUUUUAUGUCUGGAGCAGGAGGUGUGCUGCUCAGCCUCGUGCUCCUGCAUCAGAUCACUUCUGUUCAACUCGACUCAUGCCUGAUUUCUGUUCUUUGCUCUGGUGAAAAGGAGUUGUGCAUUAAAGGAUUUGGAAGCAC